UGUUGUUUGUUUGUUUGUUUGAACCUCACUACAGUCUUGAUACUUAAUUCAUUCAACCAACAGUGACAUGAUUAUUUGUUUCUAUAGAAAGCUAUUUUUAUAUAUUUAUGUGCUUAUAUAUACUAUAUACUUAUAUGCAGGCUGGCUAUGUUGCUGAACACUGAAAGUCCCACCCGCAUUUAAACUCGCCCGCAUACAAACCCAUCCGCUUAUAAGUAUAUAGUUACAUUUGCUACUGUAAUGUUAACAGAUGACUGCAAUAGAAUAGUUAGUACUCCAUGCAUGUAUCCCUGUGCAUCCCCACCCCUAUGUAAAUGUCCUUGAUAAUGGCUCACAAACAUAUGUAAGCCUGUGUAUUAUAGUCAGAGGAUUACGGUACAGUUUAAGUUUCCGUGAAAUUGUAGAUCUUUACAAAUUGUAACAAUUCAGUAAUUUAUCAAUAUUCUAUUACUCUAUUGACAGUGGUGAAGGAGAUGAAAAAUUACAUUCUGCUAUUAUUCAUCAAGCUAUUCUAGGUCCAGUUGAAAAAAUGAUUGCUAUUCUUACUGAAAGCUUUGGUGGAAAAUGGAUUUUAUGGAUUUCUCCCCGUCAAGUUGUAGUAAUUCCUGUCAGUAAUAAAUACGAUGAUUAUGCUGAACAGGUUCAAAAGAAGCUCCAUACAGCUGGUUAUCGUGUUGAUACAGACUUGGAUCACGGAUCAGCACUAAAUAAGAAAGUUUGCAAUGCACAACUUUCACAGUACAACUUCAUUCUUGUUGUUGGUGAAAAAGAGAUGGUCUCAGAAACGGUCAACGUCAGAACACGUGACAACAAGGUACUCGGUGAAAAGUCGGUCUUGGCCGUAAUCGAACGCUUGCGAGAUUUAGUCAGCUCACGAAGUCUGACAAGCGAAGAAGAUUUUUGAAGUAGAACAACAUUUUUAUUUUUAAAGCAAAGAUAAAAUGAAUUUACUCACAAAAAUAAAUAUGAAUGUAAAUCCCA